AUGCCGCCUUCACCUUCGACCCUAUCCCGAGGACAACGACUGGCACUCAUCGUCGUCGGAUGCUUCGUAUUGGUGGUUCUGUGGGUCGGGAGUAGCGCGACAAAGGAUCCAGCGAGCCGCCACCUCGACACAUACCUCCCUUCGCUUUCCCUCACCUCUUUGUCCUCCCCCUCCCUCUCCCGCAAGGACCCCCUCGCUUAUCGUCGCUUCCUUGAAGAAACCACCUCUCCAGCAAACCUCACGACACACUCUCCAACCCUCACAUUCGACCACAUCUAUGUCCUGUCGCUCCCGGCGAGGCAGGACCGGCGGGCAGACAUGAGGCGGAUAGCGGAUGCGCUCGGCGUGACCAUCGAGUUCGUCGACGCCGCCGACAAGAGGGAGCCCUUCCUCAAGUGGAUCGCCGAGCGCGUCAAGGAGAGCCGCGACGAGCGCCGCAAAGUCAUGGCCGCUGCUCGUAACCGCUCGCCCAGCUCAAUAGGCGGGCUCAAGAUUGGCUCCGACUGGAUCACCCCCUUCCCAGGCGACCUCUCCGCCUUCACACCCUCCUCCUCAAAACCCCUCCCCGACCGCUUCCCUCAUUUCCCUCUCACCUCUCCCUCCUACACCGGCGGAGCGAAAACCUGGGUCUCGCACCUCGAGUCGCUCCACUCGGCCGGCGGACGACACACCUCUCUUCGCCCUUCCGACCCAAACCUGAACGUCUCCUCCCUCCUCUGGGACCCGCGAGAAAAGCUCGGCGUGCGGCAAGUACACGAGGGAGUGAUCUCGACGUAUUGGGGCCAGACGCGGGCGAUGAAGCGCAUGCUGGAGAAUGGGGACAGGACGGCGCUGAUCCUCGAGGACGAUGUCGAUAUCGAGUGGGAUUUGGAGCGGCUGUGGAAGGGGAUCGAGAGGAGGCUGCCGAGGAACAAGGAGACCGCGGAAGAGGAGUGGGACGUGACUUAUCUCGGACACUGCUGGGGCGGCGAGUUCCAGAAACCGCAAUACCUGCAUCCUCUCUUGCAUCGCUCGACGGGACCGAUGUGCCUGCACGCCUACGCCCUCACCGCAACCGGCGCACACACCCUCCUCUCGCACCUCCUCGACCCCUGGUCCGCCUUCUCCACCGCCGUCGACCUCGUCAUCCCCUCUCUCCUGCACAUCCAAGACUUACUCGACCCGCGCUGGGCGUCGCGUGACCACGGCGAUGGGAUCCGGCACGCCCCGCUCGUUAGGAGCUGGAGCGUCGUCCCGCCCCUCGUUGUGCAGCGCAAGGACGGGCCGAGUGACUUGCAGAAGGGGACGGGGAGUCCGUGGAGGGGCGUACUGCGCGACUCGACGAUGGAGCGGAUCAAGCGCGGAGACGGGACUUGGGGAGACGAGUGGGACGACGUGUUUGAUCCGUCGAACGUGGAUCCGGCGACGCAGCUGAGGUGCGGGCCGGUGUGA